CUUCGCAUACACACUCCUUUGUGUGACGGCAUACAUCCUGGUCUCUGCCAACACGUCUCUUCCUGCUUCAUCAUGGCCGCCUUCAAGACGUCGCGAAGACUCGGGAGUUCUUCCUGGCUGCUGCUGGUCACCGUGCUGCUGUUCUGUGCGGGCACAGCGCUCACCGCAGAAAUAGGCAGUACAAAACCCACAGACCCCGUGAGUCCUUUGGAUAAAACUGCCAGUGACGUUACAUCCAGUAAAAUAACAAGUUUGCCAACGGUACCUAAAAACGAAAGUAAAAAUGAAGGCGGUACAAACACCACUGUUGCUGCUGCUACUGCUUCUACUACUACAACUACCAAACCACCUAAAAAGGUUGCACUAACACCCACACAAGACGCGACACAAGAGGCCGCUAUCAGCACGACACAAGUGACUACCAAGAAAGUGGGCUCUGUGACUUCAGUCACCAUCACCAAGCUUCUAAACCUUAAGGCAACUACUGACGCCGAGCCUACUGAAGAUACUUCUGUUGAGGACAACCUGAUGUUUGAGACCCAGGACACUGUCCCUGCCAGCCUGCCUACUACCAAAGAAUCGGAGAAUGAUGACGAAUAUCUAAUUGAAAAUGAUGACUAUGAUGGUACAGUGAAGAAUAAAGAGGACACGCUGAUACCACGUAUAAAUGAAAAAGAUCCUGUUACAGAUUCUGAAGACAGUUCCGAUGACUAUGAGAUUAAACCCAAUAGUGAUGAAGACAGUGAUGAAGACAGUCACUUCUUCAUGCACUUGGUUAUAAUAGCGUCAUUAAUUGCUGUAGUGUACAUUGCCUACCAUAACAAACGAAGGAUAUAUCUGCUGGUUCAAAGAAGAAGAUGGAGAGAUGGUCUUUGCUCAAAAAAUACAGGUUACCGUCGCCUGGAUCAGAAUGUGAGCGAAGCAAUGCCUUCCCUCAGAAACACAAAAGAUUAUGUAUUUUGAAAGACUUUAAACAUUCUUUUGCCUUUUUGGGCCUAUUUUUAGGCUGCAUCGCCAUAAACUUGACUUGAUUGCAUAGUUUAGAGGAAAUAUUUUUUUUAUAACAAUUUAUCAGUCUAUGAUGUAAAACUCAGUAAAUUCAGUUAUUAGGGUGACAAUCGAUUUUCAUUCAUACAAGUGAUUUAAAAAUACAAAGAAACGUUAUAUAUAGAUUUUUUUUUAUUGAUUAUUCUUGCCAUGCUAUUUGUUUGUUUUGAUUAUACCAAUGGUGAAAUUUGCACAAAGCCUGGCAUUGAAUGGACUUGAUUCUGCACUGCAUAACUAGAAGAUGGUCUUUAAACCAUACAAAACAUUUACCUCUUUAAAGGACAGUCACAUUUUGCAUAUGUAGCUCUCAUUGAAUCGCACCCAUACUGUGACCCAUGGAGCCUCCAUGUGCAUGUCUCAGGCCCUGGAUCCAAGAUGGUCAGCAGCACCAAGUGCAGAUCGGACACUCUUGGACCAUUUGGAACUUCCUAAUUGGGAUGGCAUUGACCAGUGCAAAAGAUCUCUUGUAGCCCCUUGUUUUGCUUCGUGUCUGUUUAUUGGGUGCAAUUGCUAAAUGCUUAUUAGAGCACUGUAAAGGCAUUCUGUCACUGCACUCCAGCACUAUUAAAGGGGUUACCCGGUAAUAAAUAUAGAUGACCUAUCUAGGGUUGGGCGAUAAAGCGGUAUCCACAAUAUACCGCAGUACUAAGAAAUGGUGCUAUCACGGUUACUUAAAUACCACAAGAUUUUAAUGACGUCAUAGCGGCAGUUGGACAUAGCUUCUAAAAUGAGUGCCGAUACAUUCCAUAAACCAGUAGCAUCAUCUGAGCAUGUGCUGUUUUUAGUGAGCCUUAUGAACUACACAACACACUAGGCUAACAGUGGAUGCUGACGUCUAAUAUAAUACUGCAUCUUCUUGUAGCCUGCUGCCCCAUACUUUAUAAUGUCUCCUUGUGGCCUUAUACUGUAUAAUCACCUUUUGACCCUCAUACAGUAUGUCUCCUUGUAGACAGACACAGGGUGUCUCCUUGUCGCCGUUAUGCAGUAUAAUGUUUCCUUGUGGCCCUCUGCCCCAUACAGUAUAUAAGGUCUCCUUGUGGGGGACCCCAUACAGUAUAUGGUGUCCUUACCACCAUUUAAGUGAAUGGGGCUGGGCUGCAAUACUACGUACAGCAAUGUGCCUGAGAGAGAUGCUGGGAUCUCCAGAGAUCCUUUGAGUGCCGCAACUCCCCAUAACAGCUGAUCAGCAGGAGUCCUGGGAGUAGGACCCGCACCGAUCUGAUAAUGAUUACCCAUCCUGAGGAUAGGUCAUCAUUAUAUAUUACUGGAUAACCUCCUGGACUCUUGAGCAACACGAAGAUAACGGAGAGGGCCUCCUGAGCUCAACAGUCUGGACUAUGUAAUCCCGCAAAGUUUUAAGGGGUGCACAGCAGGCGUUUACUGGGGGGCUAUGAGAGAUGGCGAUCUGGACUGCAGUACUCAUGUAGUACUGCAUGAAUAAAUCCACUUGAUAGACACCCUUUCCCCUCAGUUUACCACCUUUUUCCAUUUUGUGGCCCCACUUAUCCUGCCAAUCUAAUGUAAAUGGCAGACUUACAACUUUCCCCUGGAUGUAGAAGGAUCAGACUGUUGGAUUUCCGCAUACUCGAUCAUUUUGGUCUUCAGGGAGAUAAGACCCUGCCAGAGGUGUCUGACAGUGGCGUUCUAACCUCUCCCCAUUGAUUAGCCUUUUCAUACAGCCUGUUUUUGCUCUUAUAUCUAUCACCUCCACAGAGGUUGUUUGCAGAUCUGGACAAAUUUAUCCGCAUCUGAUUCAGUCUUGUGGUGUCCUUCCAUUACUGUUAGAGGACCUGUAACCCCUCCUGACAUGUCUGUUUUAGCAACUAGUUAUUUCAUUCCUUUAUUUCUAAGUUAUGAAUGAUUUUCUAGCAGCUUGCAACGAAGGUCCAGUUGGGUGUCUGUGCAGUCACUGGCAGGACUUGUAGGAUAAUUUCCGACUAUGCAAGGACACAAGUUACUCCGUGUGCAUUCCUUUUCCGUUUGUCCAUUCUGCAAAAAAAAUAAAAAUGUCCUAUUAUUGUCCGCAUUAAGGAUAAGGAUAGGACUGUCCUAUUAGGGGCCAGCUGUUCCAUUCUGCAAAAUACGGAAUGCACAUGGACGUCAUCAGUAUUUUUUGUGUACUGCGUGUGCAUGAGCCCUAAUGAAGGAUUAGUACAUCAGAGUCAUAAUAGAUACUCCAACAUUGUCAUUACAAGACAGAUGCAAGUAACAUAGUACAUAAGGCCGAAAAAAGAAAUUUGUCCAUCCAGUUCGGCCUGUCAUCCUGCAAGUUGUAGUUGCUAAACAAACACGCCAUGAUGGGUUACAGGUCCGCUUGAAGAAGUUUGUGCCAUUUCAGUGGGAUCAACAGUCUCAUGUGUAUGAGAUAUUCUGGCCUCCUCUCCCCCAAAUGGCGGAUGUUUGGUUUAAAGAAGGAUUGGAAUAUUUGAAUUCACAUGUCUGGUUCCCACAGGAGAUAAGCUGGUGCCAAAACUCUCCACUGCUCACACAUGCAUGCCUGGUGUGUGUAUGGGAUAGUUGGGUAAGAGCAUCUGUUUGCCAACAGUUAUUAGAAGUGUAUGGGCACCAUUUUAAGUAAUUCCCCAUCUACAGGAUAGAGGAUAACUAGCUGAUCUCUGGGGUCCAACUGCUGGGAUCCUGAUUGAUCAUGAGAAUAGGGGUCCCAUUACCCCAUUCUGAUGGAGCGGCAGGUUGUGCAUGCGCCCCUGCUGCUCCAUUUGUUCUCUAUGGAAGCGUUCGAGGUAGCUGAGCACUGUUCUUGACUAUCUCCGGCUUGCCCAUAGAGAAUGAAUGUUCGGACCCCCAGCGAUCAGCUAGUUAUCCCCUACCUUGUGGAUAGGGGAUAACCUAAACACUUUGCACAACCCCUUUAAGACAAGGCUCUUUAAUUUGUUCUCUUAAAGAGCUUGCAUAUUUAAUUAAAAGCAGAUAUUUAAUUUAAAGUUCUGCAAUAAUUUUAUUGCAUAGUUUGUUUUUUUUUGUUUAACAUUAGAAAAUUUUGUAGAUAAAAAAACAUUAGUCCUUCAGUUGAAAUGAAUUUGAGAGCCAUAAAGUUUUGCAGCUCCAAAUGUUUAUACCAAUUUUUCUUAAUAAAUUGAUAAGUGUACUGGUA